UGCCUGCCAGCCGGAAGAUGGGGAUUUUUUUUUCUUCCAGCGCACACCUCCCCUUUCUCCUCCCUCUCUCUUUCUCAAACAAGUCAGUCUGUCAAUGUACCGCCUGCAAGCGCUAAGAGAAGUCGGAGCCGAAGGUUUCCAGAGCAAGUGAGCAUAGAAAAGCCAUUCAUAUUUUUUCACGACUCGCCUUAUUUGACUCUUUUUACGCACAAGGGAAAACUCCUGUGCGUAAUUCUUAUCAAUCUGCCAUAACUGGAUUUUUACCAUUUUUAUCUCGCAUCACGCUCAACUUGAUGGGAUUAUUGUUAAAUGUGGACUAAAUUGUGUAAGUGUCCGUUUUGGGCUGCAAUGAUUUCUCUGGGUCGUCGCACCUGAACCGACCAAUUAGAUUUCCAUCAUCGACGGACCUGCAUGCUCAAGGAUACCGAAUAAGUGGACGCACGGAAUUACAAGUUGGAUUCGGAGAAGAGAAUAGGGUUUUGGAAAACCGAGCAAGGAGCUUGGACUUGCAGGGGGAACGGGAGAGAAGAACCGCAGGGAGAUGAUAGAUCCCGCCUGCAUCAACAUGUCCUUGUGAGGAUGGAUUACGGAGAGCUGAAGAAAUAUCUCUGAUGUUGAACUCUCAUUCAUUUACGCGCAUGUUGUGAGAAUUUCUUUCUCGUCCUGUUUCCAUUUGUCUCAGGGGAGACGGGGAAAGCAACUGCAGAGGUAGACUGACAGAGGGAAUGGGAGAAACACCGAACAGAAUCUCAACAGAUAACAAGACGAGUGGCAUGAGGAGAAGACUUGCAGUCGUUAGAGGAUCUGUGGAAAUACAUCAGCACAACAGAGGUUGAAAACGGAUAUCACGUUUUACCCAGUCGAGAUCAAUUUUGUCUGGAGGGAGUUGUAUCGAAAAGGCACAGGACCAUAAAUAAUACAAAACAGUCAUGGGAUUGGCAUAACACAUACUCUCCGGAGAUCCAGAAAUAGGCUAUUUUUCUAUUCCCCACACAUUUCACCGUGGCCUUUUUAUGUGGACGUAUUACAAACUUUUUGUACAGCAUUCUUUUUUUCUGUAUGCUCUACCCUUGGGAGUAGUUUAUGUCCCUUACAGUGCCUAGAACACCUAUACCCUAACCCAACGAGCCACCUACAACUGGGUGCUUUUUUAAAUUGCCGUUUGCAUCGGAUAGCCUUGUGACCCUAUCCUAUACCGUUUUGGGAAAUUUAACAUCGCCUUUGGUAUUAAUGAGGGUGAACAAACGGGAUUUUGCCGUUGAAAUGGAGAGUCGAGGCUGUGGAAAUGGAUUGGGAAUUCUGCUAAUAUUCUUAGUGGAUUUACUCGGCAUCGCCGCGACGAACAUGGAGCCGAUCUACUGGAAUUCCCUGAACAAAAGGUUCAACGACGAGCAGGGCUACGUGCUGUACCCGCAGAUCGGCGACAGGCUGGACCUCAUCUGCCCGGCGUCCGACCCGCCGGGCCCCAACGCGCCGGCCGACUACGAGUUCUACAAGCUGUACCUGGUGUCGUCGCGCGAGCAGGCCGACCGGUGCGAGGUGACAGGCGCGCCCAACCUGCUGCUCACCUGCGACAAGCCGAAUAACGUCAUGCGCUUCACCAUCAAGUUCCAGGAGUACUCGCCCAACCUGUGGGGACACGAGUUCAAGACCCUGCACGACUACUUCAUCAUCGCCACCUCAGACGGUACCCGCGGAGGCCUGGAGAGCAUGAGGGGAGGGGUGUGCGCCACACAGGGCAUGAAGGUGGUCCUCAAAGUGGGCCAGAGCCCCUAUGGACUGCCACAGAAACCGACCAAACCGGACCCAGCGGGACGCACCACCCACCCCAGAGGAAACGGCACGUAUCCCAGAGUCCCCGGCGGCAGCGGCGGGGGCGGCGCCAACGGCCCCUUGCCCGCCUCCAACAUCCCCCUGAUUGCCGGCGCGGCCGGAGGCUCGGCCUUCCUCCUGCUCGUCAGUGCCGUCAUCUGCGUGGUCUGCUACCGGCGGCGGCACGCCAAGCACUCCGAGUCGCACCACCCGCCCCUCUCCCUCUCGUCCCUCACCAGCCCCAAGCGCGGCGUGGGCGGGGGCGUGGGCAGCCUUGGGGGCCUUGGCUCGCUCGGGGGCCACCACGGCGGGGGCCACGGGCACCACGGACACCACGGGCACCAUCACGGCGGCGGCGGCGGCCACGGCAACAACAACGGCUCGGAGCCCAGUGACAUCAUCAUCCCGCUGCGGACGUCGGACUCUGCAUACUGCCCCCACUACGAGAAGGUGAGCGGGGACUACGGCCACCCCGUCUACAUCGUGCAGGAGAUGCCGCCCCAGAGCCCUGCCAACAUCUACUACAAGGUCUGAGGAGCGAGGGAUAGAGAGAGAGGGGGAGAGAGAGAGAGAGAGAGAGAGACGAGGCAGACGAGUGCAGGGAAUGGAGUUGAUUGGACGGACUUGAUGGACGGACAAAACAGACAAACGGACGGAUGGAUGGAUGGAUGGAGGGAAUGGAGUGGAAGAAGAGUGUAUGUGAUGAAAAUAAAGAGAGGGACGGACACAGGAAAAGAGAGAAAGAGAGAGAGUGAGUGAGACAGAGGCCACAAUCUAGCUGAAAUGGUCAUAGAACCCCCCCUACCCCCAUCCUUACCAUCACUGCCAUCCCAUCCCCACCACCUAUAUAUAAAGACCCACAGAAGACGCCAUUUGGUG